GCUUUUUGGGCACUUGUUGCAUAAAUAACUUAAUGCAAUGCAGCAUAGUUUUUGAACAUUGAGUUUAAUUGCGAUUGUAUUGAUUUCCAAGUCAUAAGCAGAUGUAUACAUAUGUUUGUAUAUUUUUCCAUGGUAGGUAUGACAACGGUACCUAUAAUCCACCAGUAAAAAUUUCUGAACAGCAGGAACCCGACAUUCCCUUUUUUUUGAAAGCGUUUUUGAACAUAUAUCCUAAAAUGUGGCAGGAUAAUCAAGUUAAAUUUGAUGUUUCUCUUUCUCAAAUGGAAAUGAGAUCUGGUGAAUAUUUGAUCGAUAAAUUAGAUAUGAUCGAAGAUACUAAAGGAAAUUCAGGAGAUCGCGGUCGUCUAUUGGUGACAAAUCUUAGGAUCAUGUGGCAUUCUAUUGCCUAUCCACGCGUUAACUUAAGCAUUGGAUUUAAUACCUUUGACAACGUAACAACCAAAUUUAUUAAUACGUUAUUUGGAACUACUACCCAAGCUUUAUAUGUAUUAACAUCUUACAAAAAUUGUCGAUACGAGUUCAUAUUUAGUAAUAUGAAUAAUAGAAGUUCUCGUCAUUACACCUCUGUUAUGGGAGUUUACCGAGCUUACGUUUCAUCAAAAAUCUAUCGAGAAAUCAAAUUAAGAGCUGGAAUCAUUCUAAAUGGUAGAUUAUCUAUAUUGCCACAAGAAAUAAUUGAAUUAACGACUGCAGGAGUUUGGAAUUUGUCAACAGAUCAAGGAAAUGUUGGAACUUUCAUUAUUUCAAAUGUCAGAAUUGUUUGGUAUGCAGAAAUGAAUGAACAAUUCAAUGUUUCGAUGCCGUAUUUGACAAUAAAUUCAAUUAAUAUUAGAUCGUCUAAAUUUGGACCGACUCUUGUUAUUACUACUACAGAAUCUUCGGGGUCAUUUAUCUUAGGGUUCAGAGUUGAUCCCAGUGAAGAACUUCGCUUUUUACAUAGCAAAAUAACUUCAAUUUAUGAAACUUAUAGUAAAUCUCCAAUUUUUGGCGUUGAAUAUACUUUUGAACAUGAAUCAAUUGAUCAAGCUGAAGUAGUAACAGAACAAAUUACAGAAACAGAUAUUACUGAAGAUGAAAUAUCAAAUGUUUUUAGUGUGUACUUUUCUGAAGGAGAAGUUAAACAAAGAAAACCAAUGCUAGCCCAAAAUUUAGGACUUUCAGUUGAAGAACCUAAGGAAGGGAGUACUUUGGAAAUGUUAUGGGAACUGUUCCCAACUAAUAAAUAAGUUGAAUCAA